UUUAUUUUGAGCGUAAAUUAGAUUAUUUUGUAAUUUAACUCCAUCUGGCAGCACUAUCAGCUGUUGUUGCCUGCCGUUGAAGAAGCAGCAGCGUUUUGCACGAACUUAUUUUGCUAAAUUUAUAAACUCACAGCGGGAUAAUGGCAGGACGUGAAGUCGUCAAACGUGCUGUGCAGCAGGUGCGUCCCAUAUUAUCCGUGGAUCGCGAGGAAGCACGUAAGCGUGCACUGAACCUCUACAAAGCCUGGUAUCGUCAAAUUCCCUACAUUGUUAUGGACUAUGACAUACCCAUGAGCGUGGAGCAAUGCCGUGAAAAAUUGCGCGAGCAAUUCAUCAAAAACCGCAAUGUGACUGACAUCCGAGUUAUUGACAUGCUGGUCAUCAAGGGCCAAAUGGAGCUGAAAGAGUCUGUGGAGAUUUGGAAGCAAAAGGGGCACAUAAUGCGCUAUUGGAAGGAGUCACAGGAUCCUAAGCCUACAGAUUUCCUCUCAAAGUUCAUUCAGGGCAUUAACUAGAAAUGCUUAACAAAUUUAAAUAGUUUAAAAAAUAUAAAACGAAUUGUUUGUCGCGAAAACCAAACGACGUUUUUUCGGUAGCGCUUCGCAAGCGCUUGGUUUUUUGUAUGUUGUUUAUUAAGCUACUUCAAAAAAUAUCAAUGCUUUGUAUAUAUAAUUUAUACAGACUAUGAGUGUGA